CGGAAACUGUCCAAGAUGGAAAGGCAGCGCUUCAGUGAGGAGGUAGAGAUGCUGAAGGGGCUCCAACACCCUAACAUUGUCCGUUUCUAUGACUCAUGGAAGUCUUCUGUCAAAGGACAGGUCUGCAUUGUGCUGGUCACAGAACUCAUGACCUCAGGCACCCUCAAAACGUAUUUGAAGCGAUUCAAGGAGAUGAAGAUGAAGGUUCUUCAGAGAUGGAGUAGACAGAUCCUUCGAGGACUCCAUUUUCUACAUACACGAUCCCCUCCAAUCAUCCAUCGGGACCUGAAGUGUGAUAAUGUCUUUAUCACAGGUCCUACAGGCUCAGUCAAAAUUGGGGAUCUUGGUUUGGCCACACUCAAGCGUGCAUCAUUUGCAAAGAGUGUCAUAGGAACCCCUGAAUUUAUGGCUCCAGAGAUGUAUGAAGAAAAAUAUGAUGAAGCAGUGGAUGUUUAUGCCUUUGGCAUGUGCAUGCUGGAGAUGGCAACUUCAGAAUACCCCUAUUCAGAAUGCCAGAAUGCAGCUCAGAUUUAUCGUAAAGUUACCUCGGGUAUGAAACCAAACAGUUUUUACAAGGUGAAGGUGCCUGAACUAAAAGAGAUCAUUGAGGGUUGCAUUCGGAUGAACAAAAAUGAAAGAUAUACCAUCCAGGAUCUUCUGGACCACUCCUUUUUCCAUGAGGAUACAGGGGUCCAUGUUGAACUGGCUGAAGAGGAUGAUGGGGUUAAGACCAAUCUGAAGCUUUGGCUACGGAUGGAUGACACCAAAAAGCUGCAUGGGAAGUACAAGGACAACAAUGCCCUGGAGUUUCACUUUGAGCUGUAUAAGGAUGUGGCUGAGGAAGUUGCCCAGGAAAUGGUGGUCCUAGGCUUUGUGUGCGAGGCAGACUACAAGCCGGUGGCCAAAGCAGUGCGUGAGCGAGUUCUUGCUAUCAAGCGCCAGCGUGAGAAGGCCAAACGAGCUCAGGAACAGCAGAAGCGGCAGGAGCAAUCUCUAGCAAUGACUCCUGAUAUCCUGCAUCUGCUGGACCUGGACUCCCCCUCACCUCUCAGUCCUGUCCAGCUCUCAGCACCCACCACACCAGGGUCUGGUGAUUCUGCCCUCGGAUCAACCUUUCCUCCAGAGCCAGAAGAGCCAGAAGUCGACCAGCACCAGCCUUUCCAGUAUCAUCCUAAUUAUUCCUCUACCACAUCUGACUGUGAGACUGACGGAUACUUGAGUUCCUCUGGAUUUGUGGACUUGCCUGACAAGCUACGGAAUCACCCUAGCCCAAUAACUGUUCCUGAGCAUUCCUUUGCUUCGAGCAUUGCUGUGAGCCUGGACCCUGCCUCCAUCAGUGACAUCUCUUCCCCUGUCGACAGUUACACAUCUGAUGUGGCAUCUGGCUUGAGUGAUGGCUAUGAGGGUCUCUCUGCAAGUGAAGGCAGACCGAAGCCCCUGGCCAAGCGGGCCCCUGGGAGACUGCUGCGCCGUCGUGCUCGAUCUCGUCUGCGCAUCACUAAUAUGCCAAACCAGAAUGAUCAAGUGGUUGAGUGUCAACUACAAACAUAUAAUAACAAGAUGGUCACCUUUAAGUUUGACCUGGAUGGAGACAGUCCUGAGGAAAUCGCAGCUGUCAUGGUUGCCAAGGAAUUCAUCCUGAAAUCUGAACAGGAAGGAUUCAUCCGCCGAAUUCAUGAUAUUAUCCAGCGUGUAGAAACACUCCUUCAGAAGGAUAAAUUGAACAAAGACCAGGGGGCUCUGGGCAAGCCUGGUGUGCAAUGUAUGUCUCCUACUUCAGCUACUAAUGGUCUCUCGGCUGAGCUGCCACUGCAAGACCUCUCGUGUUCCAUCUCCUCAUCCUCAUCUCUUAGUGAUUUUGGUUGCCCUAGCCCAGGACAGUCUGUGUCAUCACCUGUCCAAACUUCAGUGGUGGAUGCAGUUUCUGAGAAUGAGCCCUUUAGACCCAUCGUUCCCCCAUCAACUACCCAAAACUUUGGGCAACCGGUGCUUUCAACUACAUCCACAGGUGUCCCCAGUAUGCCUGGACAGACCUGGCCAACCUACCAUAUGUAUCCAGGGACUCCUACAGCUCCCUCUUACCUUGUCCCCAUCCCUCAACCAGUUUCUUCACCCAAUUCUGUUCUCCCCACAUUACCCCUUACCUCAUCCACUGCCCCAUCCAGUGGCACUGCUGUGCAUGCACCGCCUGUCCCCAUGUGGCCCCCCUCUACUUCCCCAUUGUUCUCCCUCGCCAAUGUCUUCUCUCUGGCUGUGAUGAGCAUGGCCCAGUCGCUUCUUCCAGCAGUAUCAGUAGGGACUGCCCAGACGGGGCCUCUCUAUACCUCACCAGUCCUACAACCACCAAUACUCUGCCCACCGAGCUCAACUGCUUCACGCUUUAUCUACCCUGAGCUGGUGCCUCCCCACAAACCAGCCCACUUAGCCAAUGGGAUGUUGGGGCCAAUGGUGUCUCCAGGCUAUAAGCCAUCCCCGGUCACCUCAGUUGCUGGGAAUCCUGAGAACAGUCCAGUAGCUCCUGUCUCUUCCUGGUCUGGAUCACAAUUAACCAAAUCAGAUCUGCCUACCUCCAGUGGUUCCUCUGCCCAACACUCAACCAUCAGUGAAGGAGAGCCCAAGCCACAAAUCCUGGGCCGUUUCCAGGUGACACCCACACAGAAUAUUCCAUCAGAAUCUCCCCCCAAAAGCAAUGGGCCUGACAUCUCGAGCACUUCCGAAUCCGACAGUGGAUCUCCUGGUGAAACACCCGUGCAGGAAGUCGAGGAGGGCACCACCACUGUGGCAGAAGGAGAAGGGGAAGGGGAGCCCAUACACAGCAACAUUGUCUGGACGAAUUAUAUGCACAGCCCUUCCUACCCAAGCAGUGAUGAUUCAGAUAGCACAGAAGAUGAUGAUGUCUGGAUUGAACUGCAAGCCUUACGCCAGAAGCAUCUCUCUGAAGUAGAAAAGCUCCAGGCACAGCAGAAACGAGAAAUAGAGGAGCUUUAUGCCCGCCUUGGCAAGGUGCCACCUGCUGGAAUUGUGUCACCUGCUGCCAUGCUCUCCAGCCGCCAACGCCGCCUCUCUAAGGGCACCUUCAAUCCCCUGAGGCGCAGCAGCCUGCAGCGCCCAGACUCGGCACAGCCUCAAGGGAUCAUGCGGAGAAAUUCUGUGAGUGGCAGCAGCCUCACCUCUCAAGAGCAGCGGCAAAGUAAAGGCGUGAAGUUUGCCAGUGAUGUUGGAUGCCUGUAACCAGACCAUUUGUGGAUACUUUUGUGGACUCUACCUCAGCCUGUUGCCCACCCUCAAAAGGAUGGAGUGAAAGGGCCUUCUGCAGCAUCUGCCUUUUGCUUUAUUUAUAAGGCCAAUCACCAUCAUUCAGUAUGGCAAAGAUAGCUUGAUAAAAGGAAUAGAACUGCUGCCUCUGAGAAUUGUAUCAGUACCAAAGGAGCAAGGAUGACAACAGCUCAGCGCUGCUGAGCUUCUCUCUGUAAGCUUUGGAUCUGCAAAGGAUGCCAAGCCCCUGUUGUUUGGGAGGACUUCUCAUGAAAAUGCCAGGAUGUACAUGCCUUUUUGCUGUUUCUCCGUUAUAAAGGAAUGCUACUGAAACAGAAGCAAGAUCCCCUAUGGGAUCCUUCGUUCUCUGGAGUGAAAUCCUCAUGCUUCAAGCUUUAUUGAUCUAUGUGCCUUGACAAGAGGGAGGUCAGGACCUAGACUGAGCAGAUGUUGCUUGCUCCCCUUAAUUCCCAAAGCCAUCAAAGGCUCCUUUAGAAUCUUUAAGCAGCUGUCUUAUGGGAGAUGAGGGUGCCUUAGUAUUAAAGGAAUUGGGGCCUCUCCUCAUUGCUUGAGCUGCAAGCUCAGCCCCAACAGCAAUGGCAUUCUACUUGAUCUCCUCUGCACUUUUUAAAAACUUUGCCUUGAUUGGGGUACAACUUUACUUACAGGGGUAUCUGCACUUUGGAGUGAAACCCUUGUAUAUGAGGUUUUUAUAUAUCUACUGUAUAUAUAAAGAUGGGCUUUGGAAGGAAAGUUGAUGUUGCACAAGUUAUUUUCCUUUUUAUACAUCUGAAGUUCUCAUGUAGCAACUCCAGAAUGAGGAAACAGGUAUGUCCAUAUAAACCUGUAAUUACCAUAACAUGCCAAUUCAUAUUUAGCUAAGGUCCCCUCAAACGGGCAGCACCAACCUGGCCAAAAUAAAGAAAAGGUGAACCCAAAGGAGAUAAAUAAAUAUAUAUUCAGAGAACAUUCCAAAUUCUUUGAUCUUUUCUUUCUCUUCCCAGUACAGUACUUACUAUUAUAUUUUGAGCUCCCCUCUGAGGUUGGGUUCAGAUCAAGAGCUUUUGGUAGAGCUAUUCUGUUUUCCUCCAUAACCUUUUUGGAUUAAAAAAUGAGAAAAGCAGAUAGUGAGAAAACAAUGGUUACAAGUAGGAGAUAAUGGCAACUAUCCCUACCUUCUCCCAUGUAUUUCUGUCAAUAAGGCAGGCAUUAGCACAAAAGCUUUAUCAGGAAGUCAGUCCUCUGGAGGGCAUACAAGAUCCACAGGCUGUUUUGAAUCCCCCUCUCCCAGAGCAGAGAAGGCUGCAUUCCUGCACUGAGAGAUGAUCCAACCUACUAAGCCCCUUCUUGACUGCCAGUGUUUGACACACCAGCAUUAGUGCUACAGUGCUUGUUGGUAGGGGCAAAAAAAAAAAAAAAGUGUGCUCUUGGGGUAUUGGGGUGAGAAAAAGUGAAGGCUUGGAGCCACCAAAUCUAGUCUUCUCAUUUCCCUGGCACGUAUGCAUACAAGCAGCAAAUUUAUGGUAAUACUGGAGCCAGUAUAGAUUAAUUCACAUCCACUGCCAUCAGUAGAACUUCCAAGGGAAUAAAAUGGGCCAGUAAAAAGGGAAGAACCAUAAAAUGCUCCUCUUCUCCAUUCUGGCACAAUCCCAGAAGGCAUUGUAUUCUACUAUUCAUUUCUGCUCCCAUCCCCAGUAGAAUUCUUUAACAGCCAACCUCUUCAAUGGGAGAGGCUCAUUCCACAGUAACAGAAAUGUAUUUAUGAAAACCACCAUCGUUUGGAUACACCAAAGAGGAACCAUCUCCUGAUCAAAGCUCUUUACGAGCAGAGGAGGGACUCUAACAGAAUCAGCAAAGACAAAUGGAUGGGGGUCAUUUUAUAAUAGGAGGGAUCUGGGUGAAAGUGACAAGCAGAAACUGUCACACAUUUCAGCUAUUUGAGUCAUUUGCUCCCCAAGACUUCUCACGUACCUGAGUUUGGGGGAGGGAAUUACUCAUGUCAGGUAUGUAAUUCUUCCAGCUCUGAGGACAGUUUAUUCCUCUAUACCAGUUGCUGAAGAACAGAAGUGGUAGAUACUAUUGGAUUCAAUCCUGCUUACGUGGUUGAUAUAAAUAUAUUGCUGGCCAUUCUGGGGAACUAGUAUUAGGUUAAAAUAUAACUGCCCUAAUCAGCUCUUGAUCAUUCCAGAACUGAAUUUAAAAUCUUUUAUAUUGAGAGGAGGGGAAAAAAUCUGCUGUUGAAAUCAGAAUUGCAAACCAAUAAUACAGGCCAGCUUUUACUAAAGGGAAAAUUCCCUUCUUCCCCUUCUAAAGAAAUUCACAUUUGAUAAAUGCCUUGUCUGGCUUCUGGUCAAAUGCUGGUUUAAUGAUUUACUUACUCCAAACAGAACACGAGAAACAAUAAGAGCAGCAAUACAUUGUCAAAGUAGCACAUCAAAAAGCUGAUGGCCUGGAAAUAAACAUGCCAAAGCCUGCAAGAAUUCUGCUUGAUAGAAAACUUCAACUCUGGGGAUUUGUGCCAUAAAAGUACAGGCUCAUCGUACAGAUACUAAAUGUCAAGUUCAUUUUUCCACUUCCUGAAGCCACCCUUAUACAUAUAUAUAAUUUUUAUUAAGAAUUUUGAUUAUAAUAGUAAAAUGUAAUACAAGCUAAA